AUGCCGAGCCACAAGACCUUCCGCACCAAGCAAAAGCUUGCUAAGGCUCAGCGCCAGAACCGCCCCAUCCCUCAGUGGAUUCGCCUGCGCACUGGCAACACCAUCAGAUACAACGCCAAGCGCCGUCACUGGCGUAAGUCUUGCCUGAACGUUUAA